GUUUUCAACGUAAAGCAAAAAAAAAAAAAAAAAAAGAAAAAAGACAAAAAUGAGGUGUUAUUUCUUCUUCCUCGUCUUCUAUUUAUUUGGAUAUGUCUGGUCGGAGGAAACAUGUCAAACGAUAACAUCGAAAAUGGCGAAAACAGUGACCUUCGAUUGUACGGAAUUGAACACGUUACGAGAUCAUUUGGAUUCGGCACAAAGUAAUACAACGAACAUAAUAAUACACGGAUCUAAUCUAAUUAAUAUAGCCGGGCAUACCUUCGUUAGAUUCGGUGCAACAUUACGAGUUUUGGAUCUCCACGAAAAUAAUAUUGAAGUUUUGGAUCGUCAAGUUUUUACAGGAUUAAUAAAUUUAAAUGAACUGAUCCUAUGGGGUAACAGAUUGACAUGGAUAUCCAGUGAUUGGUUCGUAAAUUUAUAUAAUCUCCGAACUCUCGACUUAUCGUUCAAUCUAAUACAAAGCAUAGAUUACAAAAUCUUCCCGUUGCUUUACCGCGUGGAAAACUUUUACAUAGAUUAUAACAACUUGAAAACCAUUGAUUAUAACUUGUUCGUCUAUAUGGUGAACCUUAAAAAAAUUAAAUUCGGUAAAAAUCCUUGGAAUUGGGGAUAUCGUGCUUUACUAACCUGGGAAAUGGAGAACCGAAACAUUGAUUACUCUAGCGAAUGGGAUGAUUGGAAUUGGAUGAGCAACGUGAUAAAAGAUUGCACGGAAAGUGGCGAGGGUGAAAUUCCAAGUGAUAGUGUAAUCGAUUGCGCUGUCAGGAAACUGUUGGACUUUACGUACGAUACUUUGCACUUCUCUCCUAUUGGAUGGACAAACGAUGUUGGAUGCGCUCCGGAAGCCAGGAGAUUGAUCAGCUGCGUAAGACCAAGGAAUGUUACUGAAAACACGGAUUAUCAAACAAUACGUAUGAUCCUUCAAGAUUAUAGUAGAAUUUUACUUCCCAUGAUACGAGCUCAUAGUCCAUUAAGUUAUACCUCUAAUCCCGAAUUGUAAUUUUUUAUAUAUAUAUACGUAUAUUAAAAAUGUAACUACAUAUUGUUAACAAAAGUAUUACUCCAAUACAUAAACGCAAAUAUAUAUAUAUAUAUAUAUAUAUAUAUUGAUAAUCGUUAAAAAAUCUACAAUAUUAAUGAAUCAAUUUGUCCAUUGUAUAUAUAUACAUAUAUAUGUAUAUAUAUACAAAUAUAUAUUAACAUUUCCUGACAAACAAAUACGACACGUGUGUAUAUUUUUAAGGCGUUACAAUCUUCCAACUAAAUGGGUAAUGGCACGCGAGUGAAUUUGUAUAGUUUUGCUUGUUCCUUUUCUAUCGUUUUAUCCCCACCAUCGUUACAUUCUCAUUUCACGUUGUCACAAAAGCGAGAGAGCUUUCUUCUUUCGCGCACGUUCUUUCCUUUGUUCGCCUGCUAGUGUAAGACGACGACGACGACAAAUGAACUCGAUACGUAAACAUAGAGACAAAGUGGGAGGGAGGGUAGGAGACAGAGGGAAAGAAAGAAGGAGGGAGAGGGAGGGAGCUAGGCGAGAAUAAACACGUUUACUGGGUGCACGUUCUGUUUUGAAAUGUUUUGUUAACAGAGUCACGGAAAUGUCAAUCUAAUUGUACUAAC